AUGUCAGAAAGCAAAGCAACCACCGAUUUUGACGACGAGGACGAAUAUCUCUACGGCACCGAAGAACCUGCCCCUCCGCAACCGGAUGCCAAAGAAAAUAUCUUAAUUGAGAAAGAGACCGAUAAUGACAUAUAUGGAUCCGAAUUCAAAGACGAAAAUAAUUUGAAUCAAAUCGAUCAGGUUGAAGACAUAAUACCUCUGGGAGAUAAGCUGCCCAGUAGUGCAGAGAAACUUCCACAGGUGGAACUGACCGAUGAAAUAGAAGAGACGAAGGGAGCACUUUUAUUGAAUGCAGGCGGUUAUAGAGAAGAACAGGCAGAAUCAGCGGACGAAGAUGAACAGAAAACAAGGCUGAUUCAGUGUACAAAUUUCUGGAUUCUUGUGUUUGAGACUACUUCUUUUUUAUUUGGACAGGACAUAGAGAUUAUUAUGAAUUCAACGCCAACGAAAUCUAUGGAUAAUAGUAAUAGACCAAACGCGCUUGUCAAUAUUAAACCUAAUCAACUUAAUAAAGGGGUCGGAAAUCAGAGACACGACGGUGGUCAACAAACAGGAGCGAAUCGGACGCCCGGAAUAGACCUCAAUGCUGUUGGAACGAUCGAUGGGACUAGUGUCUAUGACGUCGAUCUGGAUUCGUUUGAAGAUAAACCGUGGCGCAAGCCUGGUGCUGAUAUCACGGAUUAUUUUAAUUAUGGAUUUAAUGAACAUACAUGGCGAGCAUACUGUGCAAAACAGAAACAGAUGCGCGAAGAACAGCAUUUACGAAAAAGAAUCAAUGUCUAUGAAUCUAAACCAGACAUACCGGAUCUACCACCCGAGCUACAAUCGAUAAGCCAACCCUCGCAUGGUGGCGAUCACUCGCGAUUCUCAUCACAACGUCGAGGCCGACGGAAUCGAGAUCAAGAUGAUUCAGUUAUUCAAGUGGUAUCGAGCGAGAGAGAAGCUGCGCUUGAAGAGAUGGAACCAAUACCACCGCCAAACUUGGAAGGAUCACAGACGGAUGAAUACACGAUAGAAGAUAACGAUUUCCCACAAAACUUUGCAG